AUGUCUUCUCAUCGUUCAAUAAAUAAAGAAAAUGAAAAACGUUUAUCAUCAUUUGGUCAACGUCUUCAAUCAUUAAGUGAUACAUUUUAUUCAUCUAUUCUUGAAGAUACAAAAGAACAAAGACCUCUUAUAAAAAAUGCACGAGAAUUAGAACAUUUACGAAUAUCUGAAUGUGAUGAUUUUACAUUUAAUGAAUGUUCAAUUAGUCAAGUAACAUCAAAUGAUAAUUUUAGUUUUACUUUUCAUUCAUUAGAACAACCAAAAUUACAAAAAACUCGAAAACAUCAAUCAACACGAACAAAUCAUUCAUCAACUCCAUAUUCAAUUCGUCAAGAAAAUUCAAUAAAAAAAUGUGAAGAUGAAACAGUUAUGGUUGAAGAAAAUCGUUCUCAUCCUGUUCAACCAGUUAUUAUUGGUUAUUAUCCAGUUAUUAGUUAUCAACCAGUUUGUCUUCCACCAACAAUUUAUUUAUCAAAUCAACAAAUUCAAUCACAAAUAAAUGAUUGUUCAACUUUAACAAAAGUAACACCAAUAAAAAAACUCUAA